AAGGAAAGUGAGCCGAUCCACAUGUCACCGCCGUACAUGGUCGUUGCAGACUGAAAAUAGAAGUUCAAAAGGUUUGAUUAGUCAACAACGUUUGUCUGCACUCUGCAAUUAGAUGUAAACAAUCUCCUCCAUAAAGGCAUCAACCGCGGUCACCUUUAUUUCUAAUGGCACCACCAUUCUUACUCUGCUUCUUCUUCACCUUCUUCCUCCUCGCAUCUCGAUCAAUCGAAUCCCGAAAACAUGCCACUGCUGCGCUCUUCGUCUUCGGAGACUCUUUCUUCGAUCCUGGAAACAACAACUACAUUAACACCACCACUCUCGACCAGUCUAAUUUCCCUCCAUACGGAGAAACAUUCUUCCGCUUUCCCACCGGCCGCUUCUCCGACGGCCGUAUCAUUCCUGAUUUCAUCUUGAAGUACGCCAAGUUGCCCUUGAUUCCGCCGUAUAUGGAGCCUGACAGCCGGAGGUAUUACAAGAUCGGAGCCAACUUUGCAUCCGCAGGAGCAGGUGCUCUUGUUGAAACGUUUCAGGGAUCGGUAAUCGGUCUUCAAACCCAGUUAAGCAAUCACAAGAAGGUGGUGAAUCGAUUGAGAAAAAUUUAUGGGAACAUUGAGGCUAGUGACACAUUGUCUAAAGCUGUCUAUUUGUUUAGCAUUGGAACAAACGAUUAUGCAAGCCCAUACUUGAUUACCAACUCCACUAAUUUCACCUCCUCAUACUCCAACUCCCUCCUUGUAAAAAUUGUUCUUGGUAAUUUAACAACCGCUAUAAAAGAGUUACACAAAAGAGGAGGCAGAAAAUUUGGGUUUCUGAAUUUGGGUCCAUUGGGUUGUAUUCCAGGGAUGAGGAUACUUCUUAAUCCAUUAAGUGAAUCCGUUGGGUGUGUAAAGGAGGCUUCAUUGCUAGCAAAACUACAUAACCAAGAGCUUGCAAAGUUGCUAAAAAGAUUAACAAAGCAACUGCAUGGAUUCAAAUAUUCGCUAUACGACUUCAGUAGCAAUAUCAAGCAUAGAAUAAAACAUCCAUCCAUAUACGGUUACAAGGAAGGGAAAGUGGCAUGUUGUGGGACAGGGCGGUUUAGAGGAACGUUUAGCUGUGGAGGGAGGAGGCCGGUGAAAGAAUUUGAAGUGUGCGAGAAUCCUAAAGAGUAUGUGUUUUGGGACUCUUAUCAUUUCACUGAAAGAGUUUAUGAAGAAAUGGCCCAUGAAAUGUGGAACAAAGAAGCAAGUAGAGGAACUUACAAUCUCAAAGCUCUCUUCCAAUGACCAUGAUAAUUUCCCAUCUUUCUAGGUUAAGCUUCUAAUAUAUAUAGAAAUUUUAAUUCUAUCAACUUCAUUUUAGAUCACAUCCUUGACCUUAUUUUGUAAAGAAAAGGGCAUGUUAUAUAGAUUGAAAUUAUAAGUUUUAUGCAUGUGCUUGUCAAAAUUUGUGGCUACACACUCGGGGGCGGACGCAUGAUUCAUACUAGGUGUUGCCGAGUUGAAGUAGGUAUUGCCAGUGCAGGAAAAAUAGGUUAAAAAAAUCAAAAAAUAGAAAAUUUUUCCAAUGCGUAAAGGGAAAAUAGGUGUUGUCGGUGCAACACAGGGUACCACUAUAGAUGCGCCCCUGUACACACUGCUAUAGUUUGUAGCUUUAACCCUAAAACAUAGUUUGGUUCUUUGAGUCCAUGAAUAGACGUUAAAAGUACGUAAAAUACAUUGAAAAUGAUGAUUUCAUUUUGAUUUGGCGAAAUUGGUGCAGGAGGAAUAGUCGUCCUCACUAGGAGAAUUAUGAGAGAGCAAAGUUAGAUUGUCUUUUUAGAAUUUCAUUCAACCAAAGCAAUUUGUUUUUCGAUUUGGGUUUAAGGGACAUUGUAAUGACUUCGGUACUCUAUUUUGGGAAUUCUUGUGCAAUUUUAAAGGAAUGCUUUAGAAUUUAGCGGGUUUACACCAAAGCUAAUAUAGAUUUCUCAUUUCUAG